UUUUUCGAAGGAGGCGUCAAAAUAGAGCGGUCGGGGUGUCCCGGAAUCUGUGGCCCGCAGGCCGCGACCACAUCAACCCUGUCUUUCUCAAGCUUCCGUAAUUCAUUCACCACCAAUGUCAAUUACCUGAAACGAAGAUUCAGCUCGGGGGACCUGCAGUCCGAGUGCGAUGAAGGAGAGGUGGACCCCUACACCGGCCGCCCGGCUACUACCAGCCAGCCUAAACCGCAAAAUCAAAGGCCGGCCUCCCAGGCAACUGGAGGGAGCAUUGGUAGCGCAUCAGGCCCACCCCAACCGGCGGCUGCAACGGCAGCAGGAGGAGAUCUUUCUCUAAACUUACGAGGUGGCUCCCGUGGCACCUCCGCUCCAUCCUCCCCAGCCAAGUCUCGGGAGUCUUUAUUGCAGCGCGUUCAGUCGCUCACUGGGGCGGCCCGUGAUCAGGGCGCCAAUUUACUAGGAAGCGUGACAUCAGUUGCUUCUGUGGGUCGCGGUUAUAAUCGUGACCGUUGUGUGACACUGCUGGUGGUAGAUGAUCAAAACACUGACUGGUCCAAGUACUUCAGAGGCAAGCGCCUACCUGGUGAAUGGGAUAUUCGUGUGGAACAAGCCGAAUUUAAAGAACUAUCAGUGACAGCUAAUUCGGAUGGCGCCAAUGUGUCUAUGGCUGUGUAUCGCAGCGGUACUAAAGUCACCCGCUGUUUUAAACCGGAUUUCGUACUAGUACGACAAAAUGUACGUGACGCGGGUGCUGACCAUCGUGCCCUUCUCCUUGGCCUCAAGUUUGGCGGCGUGCCUUCCAUCAACAGCCUCAACUCCAUCUACCACUUCCAAGACAGACCAUGGGUGUUUGGCCACCUUCUUCAACUCCAACGCCGUCUUGGAAGAGAGAAUUUCCCUCUUAUCGAGCAAACCUAUUAUCAUAACCAUACGGAUAUGGUAACAGCACCGAAGUUUCCUGUUGUGAUCAAGAUAGGUCACGCACAUAGUGGCGUAGCCAAGGUGAAAGUGGACUCUUUGGCCGACUUCCAGGAUAUUGCUGGAGUAGUGGCUAUGUUGGGUACUUAUUGUACUGUUGAACCUUAUAUAGACGCAAAGUAUGAUAUUCACAUACAAAAAAUUGGCACUAACUACAAAGCUUUCAUGCGUAAAUCUAUAUCGGGAAAUUGGAAGACCAAUCAAGGUUCUGCCAUGUUAGAAGCUAUCGGCAUGAACGACAGAUAUAAGAUGUGGAUAGACGAGGUGAGUGAAAUCUUUGGUGGAUUGGAAGUUUGUGCCCUGGAACUCGUAGUGGGCAAAGAUGGCCGUGAACACAUCAUAGAAUUGAACGAUUCGGCUACAUCGUUCAUGGGUGAUUCUCAAGAAGAAGAUAGACGACAUCUCGCUGAGCUUGUACUGCAGCGUAUGCAGUCGGUAUGUCGGCCCGGUAUCACGAAGACGACAUCUCGAUCAUCGGUGUCGGGCAGCUCGGCGGCGACGUCACCCGAGGAGCGGUCGAUGCCUCUACCGGGUGCUGGACCACCGAGCGCACCGCCGCCUGCCCCGCUGGCCUCCGCAGCCAGUAUUGACCGUCCGCUGCCGCCCAUACCAGCUGAGCCCACGCAGCCGCCACCACCACCGCUCACCAGACGCGACUCUCAGGCUUCCCAGUCAUCAACGGUAUCGUCUGCAUCGGCGGCACCGAGUACUACAAGCAACCCAGCAGCCACUGCCACUGGUGGUGCUCCAGGUUCAGGACCUACGUCCGGACGAGGAGGUUUUGCUCGUCAAGGUUCCCUUAGUGCUGCCCUUACAGAGGAUGCAGAGGACACAAUGAAAAAUCUGCGAAAAACCUUCGCUGGCAUUUUCGGUGACAUGUAAUAACUUUGUAUAGUUUUUGUUCGGACAAUAGACAGUGUAUUAUCGUAACAUUAUAGAUACUGUCGUCGAGAAAACAAAUUUAAGACCAAUCAAUAUAAUUAAAAGUGGUAUAUGUGCACGUCUUUUGCCCGAAACAACAACAAACUAUGGCUUAUUUAUUUAACCUAAACUAAAAGUAAACAUCUUCAUACAAGAUUUUACAUUUGAUUACUUAUAGUUCAUAUGCAAAUAAACUCUGUUUUUGCUCGUGAAGCAAUUUGCAUUAUAAUACUCGAUUCCGAAAUGUGACGUUUCCAAUAGCACCUGUUUUGAAGGGACCAUCCCUCGAACCGAGUGUACGAAGCGAAACUUUUAAACAAAAUGAUAAGCAUAGUUUUAAUGUAAAAUAACUAUAGAUUUUUUACAGUAAGUUUAUUAUAAAUAUGAAAAUACGAAUCAACUGAGC